AUGAGUCGAUUACUAGUAGGUUUAAAAUUAGCUCAAUCACAUUAUCUUUCACAACUACAUAAAUAUCCAGUGGCUACAAAGGCGGUAACUUCAGGUUUUUUAUAUUUAAUAUCAGAUUCAUUAGUACAAGGUAUUGAACUAAGUAGAGACAAAGAUAAAAAAUAUGAUUUCAAAAGGUCAAUGAGAAUGGCAGUGUUUGGAUUCGCUGUUACAGGUCCACUAUUUCAUUAUUGGUUUAAAUAUUUAGAUAAACAUUUUCCUAAAAAAUCAUAUAGACAUGCUUUUAUAAAAUUGACAAUUGAUCAAGUGGUUUGUUCACCAGUUUUUAAUUUUUUAUUCUUUUCAGGUAUGGGUAUUUUAGAAGGUAAAUCAAAGGAUGAUAUCGUAGAAAAACUUAAAAAGGAUUGGUUGACAACAUAUGUUUCAGAUUGUGUGGUUUGGCCAUUCAUCAAUUUCGUAAAUUUCGCUUAUAUAAGUAGCAUACACAGAGUUACUUUUAUGAAUGUUUGUAAUAUAGGGUGGGGUGCAUUUUUAGCAAAAAUGAAUAGCAGUCAUUAA